AUGCCACAAACUUUUAUGAGUGUCAAGGUUAUCUUCAAACUGGUGGCUAUGGUCACACGGAUCGAGAACCUGCCUUGGGAAACUUCCUUGCAGCACUUCGAGACAUUUGCUGGGCGCAAAGCUGCUGGGCGGCGUGCGGUUGCACACGAUGUGAGCUACAACGAACGCACGAUGGACAUUCUCAGCUCCCUCGGCUUCUGCAUUGCAGUGUUUGAGUGCUUGAGGCUGGUGCCGGGCAGUGGAAUGCUGACCGCACCAGUUUGCUCAUCAUGGAUAUUCAUGUAA